UAACAAUACGGAUGCAAAUAAGGUAAAAAUGAACUUAAUUUACUGCAUAUAAAAAGGUACCAAAAUUUCGUAGAUUUAAUAAACUGUUCAACUCUCUUUCAUUUAUUUCUGAAAUAUCUAAAUACCAAAUAAAAAUGGCCAGUAUCAAAAUGUCGUUGAUUCUCUUGGCAACAAUUUUAAUGUACGUGACUCCUACUAUCAAUGCCCAAUGUGCAGCAGAUGGAACUCCAUGUCAACCUGAUGGAAGUACAAAUUGUUGUUCAGAAUUUUGUUAUAAACAAGAAGGAUGGGAUAUUGGAUAUUGCAGAGCUCGAACAGUUCCAUGUGAACCAGACAGAACUCCAUGUCAACCUAAUGGAAGAACAAAUUGUUGUACAGGAUUUUGUUAUAAACAAGAAGGAUGGACUAUAGGAUAUUGCAGAGCACGAUAAGCAAACAUUACUAAAUGUUAAUUAAUGAAGAAGUAAAAUCUUCUUUUCUUAAAAGCCAAAAUAUUUAAUAAAAAGAUGUUGAUAAAUGUUUCGCCUAAUGGUUUUUUUUAAAUAUUUCAUUAAUACUUUAAUGACGCGUUUCGACACAGAUUUCUGUGUCCUUGUCAAUGUCUGUAAAAUUAGAUUACAUAAAUAAAAGUUAUAUUACAACAUUA